UGGAGAGGUCAUUGACAGACUAUGAAUGCCAGAUGUACGCUGUCCUCUGGAAGAAGUUCACGGAGGCCUCGGUCAGGAAGGCUGACUGUCAUGAUGACUUUCCCCCAUACCUUUCAUAUACGCUACCAGAGACGGGAACUACUAAAACACAAUAAUGGAGGGUAACAAAGACAUGGGCACGGCAGCAGAUGUAGGCGGAGAGGCGCUGCGAUCUGUGCCGCUGCCUCUCACCCCGCCCCCGGGACAUCCAUUCAUCCACCCGGAUAAACCCUCCGCCUAUGCUGCUCACAUCCAUACACUGUGUGCAGGACAACCGGUGUCGGUGACAAUUUCGACGAGCAGUUGGUGCUGUAGUUCUUUGGGACGGGAGACAAUCAGGACAAUCCUUCAGACUGUGCGCAGCGGCGGAGACGAUGAGCGCCGCCUGCCUCUCUCCCCUCGUUCUAGUGCUGUGCGGGUUGGUCAGUGCGCAGGAGCAGCUGCUGCCCGGGUCCUGCAACUUUGAGCUGGGCACCUGUGGCUACACAUCAGACCUGGACUAUGGCAGCUGGAGCAUGAACGAAGAAGGGCAUCUAAUAACAGUGGACUCAGCCUCCUUACAAGACCAAGAGCAGGCAGUUCUUGUCAGUCCGGUUCUGGACCAGCAGGAGUGGAGCUGUGUGAGGCUGGUGUACCAGAUCUCUGGUCAGGGAUCUCUGCAGCUCCACCUCAGGCCAGAUGGUGAUAACUUUGACUACUGGAUCUGGACUGCCAACAAAGCCUCUGACAGCUGGCUAAUCGCUAGUGUGGAUCUACCCAACACCACAGUCCCCUACCAGAUUUUGCUGGAGGGUCGACCUGAACAUGGCUCAGGGAACAGCGUGGCCAUCUUUGAAAUUCACAUUGUUCCUGGUUACUGCAUAGAGUGUAAUUUUGAAGAGCAUCACCUGUGUGGCUACAGUAACAGUUGGAACCCAAAUGUCAACUGGUACGUUGGGGGGAGUGUGGCAAGAGAGCCUGAGUCUAACCUGGUAAACUACACCCACAAUAACCAGAGAGGCCACCACAUGUAUGUGGACUCUGUGUAUGCCAAGCACUUCCAGGAAGUGGCCAAGCUGACCUCACCCAUGACAACGGUGCCCAUGGCUGGAUGCCUGUCCUUCUACUACCACAGAGACCAGGAGAGGGGAAACGUCUUCUCAGUUUUCACCCGAGACCAGCUUGGCCACUAUGAGGAGAUCUGGAGGCCAGAGGUGUAUGCUACGACUGGCUGGACUCUGGUGGGCGUUGACAUCAAGGCCCCACACCCCCUAGAGGUGGUGUUUGAGGUGGCAUUCAACAGUGCCAGAGGUGGAUAUGUGGCGAUCGAUGACAUCUCCUUUUCCCCUGAGUUCUGCCACACAGACACAGAGCCGACCUUUGACCCUUCUAUAGCCAACUGUGACUUUGAGAAUGGGCUUUGUUUGUACUAUCAGGAGAGAGCAGAGAGUACAGUGUGGAACAGAGUUUCAGUCAAGCCCAAUGCCUACAGGACCGGAGACCAUACCACAGGAACAGGUGCUUUCCUCCUGGCAAACACUCCUUUUACCUCAAAGCCUGGUUAUAUGGGUAGGCUUCAUGGUCCUUUUUUACCAGGGAACUACAAAUACUGUGUGAGGUUCUACUACCUGCUUCAUGGAUUUAGGAAAGUAGACAAUGCUCUGGUUCUUUACAUAUAUGAUGAGAACAAUGUGGCCCAGGAGAAGGUGUGGAGCCUGGCUGACACUUCCAGGGCUGUGUGGACUGAGGUGGAGAUCACCUACAUGAAGCCCAUGCUUUCCAAGUUAGUGUUUGCCAGUAUAUGUAGGAACUUCUGGGAUUGUGGCCUAGUAGCUAUCGAUGACAUCACUGUGAGGCUGGGAGACUGUCAAAUCACAGCAGGCUCCCUCCCAGGCCAGUGCAACUUUGAAAGUGGAAUGUGUGGCUACAUCCAGGAUAAGAAGGAAGACAAGGCAGACUGGCUGCGAGUCCAAGGACACACUCCCACCUCCUAUACAGGACCAAGAGGAGACCACACUACUGGGGUGGGCUACUUCAUUUACAUCGAAGGGUCGCUCAUGCGUCCGGGUCACAAAGCUCGGCUGCUGACCUCAGACCUGCGGGGUUCCUCGUCCCCUCAGUGUUUGAUCUUCUACUACCACAUGUAUGGAUCUGGCACCGGGAUACUGAGUGUGCUCCUGCAUCCUGGCAGCAGAGAGCGCAACACGAUGCUGUGGCGGCGGCGAGGUGAGCAGAGCAUCAGCUGGAUGAGGGCGAUGGUGGACUACAAGUGUGAUGUCCGACACCAGAUUAUAUUUGAGGCCAUCCGAGGCCCAUCACUACGAAGUGAUAUUGCUAUUGAUGACAUCAGUUUUAAAAGGGGACCAUGUGAAGAUCCUGGUGACAUCACUCCAUACUCUGGUUUCUCUGAGUAUUUCAAUGAGAUUGAGAACUGAACCAGGCCAAAGAAUCUCUCUGUAUAAAUGCUUGGGCUUGGAUUCAGUGAGGUGCUGGAAACCUUCCCUAGAGGUUGGAUCCAUGCUGUGACACAUUAGCAUCAUAUAGGAUAUUAAAAUAUGAGUACUCAACUGUGCAUAUGCUUUCCUGUUCAGUCUGAUAACCAAACUGGAUUGCCAUUUUGAUAAAUUUCCUGAGGGCAUCAGAUAUUAGGGCAGUGGUUCAGAGGUAGCUUCUCUACUGGCCUGAUUCAGAUUUUCUGGAUUAUUUCACCAUUCUGUAAACUCUGGACUCUACAGUGCAUGAACCUGUCAUGAGUGUUUCUGGAGCAUCCAUGUUAGACAAUAAACUUAAUUCACCAUUGCCACUUGAAGAAUAAUUCCCAACUA